AUGUCCACCGUGAAAGCUGUAGACCAUGCCCUCGUCAACGGUGCCUCGUCUCCUGCCUCUGCGUCCGCUGCCAGUCCAGGGGGUAUGACGAAUGAUGAAAAGGUCGCUGUAGGCGGGAUGAUCGCCAGGGAUGAGAGAAAGGGUGCCAACGUCCACGCUUUCGACCCCGAUGCUUCACCAGCACAAAAAGCAGCAGCGGCAGGACAAGCAAAAGCGCAGUUGGGAAUACCUAGUCCAUCUUCUAUCAAGAAUCACGGUGUGGGGAGUAGAGCCGUUGCUAUAGAUACCUCUAACAAAGCCAAUGUGCCCAGACCGACGGUCACUCUUGACGAUGUUGACAAAACGUCCCGAGCAGAGGGGGAGGAAGUGGGAGCGGCUGCAAUGCCAGGCGCUGUACCAGCGGGAGCCGCGCCGUCCGUUCCGACUUGGGUUCUGGCAGGUUGGCAACGGGUGGCUAAUGCGGAUUUAGGAAGUGGGGAUGCUAAAACGCAAGAGCAGCUGGGUGUCCUCGCCGACUAUCUGUCGGAGCAAACGUACGGGGCAUGGUACCAUAACGCCGCGGUCAUACUCUUCGCCGUACUUGCAACUCGGUUCAUGACUGCCAUUCAUCUUGGCUGGGGAUGGAUCAUACUCAUUUUUGCCUUCUGUUCUUCAUAUUACACUCUGUCUAUCGCUCGUACCAGACACCGAGCAAGAGACGAUAUUCAACGAGAGCUUGUCAAGACCCGCCUUGUUACAGAGACGGAGAGUGCGGAUUGGAUGAACUCUUUCCUAGAACGCUUCUGGCUCAUUUAUGAGCCUGUGCUUAGUCAGACCAUCGUAGCCAGUGUAGACGCGGUUCUAGAAGCGAACACCCCGAGCUUCUUGGAGAGUAUAAGGAUGACGACCUUCACUCUCGGUACAAAAGCUCCUAGGAUAGACUAUGUCAGGACAUUCCCAAAGACUCCCGAAGACGUGGUCAUCAUGGACUGGGCUCUCUCCUUCACUCCCAAUGACCUGAUGGAUAUCACUCCACGUCAAGCACAAAAUCGUGUAAACCCAAAGGUCGUUUUAUCGAUCCGAGUCGGCAAAGGCCCAGUCUCGAAAUCACUGCCCAUCCUGCUCGAGGACAUGUCAUUCACCGGCCGCAUGAGGAUCAAGCUGAAGCUUAUGACCAACUUUCCUCAUAUCCAAACGGUCGAUCUGUCCUUCAUCGAGAAGCCCACAUUUGAUUACGUCCUCAAGCCGAUCGGAGGUGACUUUGGCUUUGACAUCAACAACAUUCCGGGCUUGGCCCCCUUCAUCCGUGACCAAGUACACGCCAAUCUCGGUCCGAUGAUGUACGAUCCCAACGUCUUCACCAUCGACCUGCAAGCGUUGCUCUCUGGGACCCCGUUAGAUUCCGCUAUUGGGGUCCUUCGUGUGCAUAUCAUCAAUGCAAGGGGACUCAAAGCAGUCAAGUUGGGUGGAGGGGCUCCUGAUCCUUAUGUAUCCAUCGCUCUUGGGUCCAAACCAGCAAUCGCGAAGACCAAGACUAUAUCGUCCAGCUCGAACCCGACGUUCAGUGAGACACACUUCGUCCUUUUGAACAACCUCGCUGAGGUGCUCGCUCUACAACUAUACGACUACAACGAGCACCGACCAGACAAUCUGCUUGGUACCGCAACUCAAGAACUUCAGACGCUUCAGGAAGACAAUGAACAAGAAGGACUCGUGGGCAAGAUCAUCGGUGGAGGUAAAGAUCGUGGAGAACUACGAUAUGACAUUGCUUGGUACCCGGUUUUGAAGCCAGCCAAAAAUCCCGACGGUACGUUCGAAGCACUGCCCGAUACUCAAACAGGCAUCGUGCGGCUCACGCUCCACCAAGCGAAAGAUCUGGACAUCUCGCGCAAGCACGGGAAUUUGAACACCUACGCAAGGGUCUUCUUAGGAGGGAGCAAAGAGGAAGCUUAUAGGACAAAAACGAUGAAACAUUCCAACCAACCUAUAUGGGAGAGCGCCUUCGAAUUUCUCGUUCCUGAGAAGAACAACUCGGUCAUCACUCUACAAGUGGUUGAUGUACAAGAGUUUGCGACCGAUCCAACUCUAGGAGUUAUGACAAUCCGUCUUACAGAUCUGUUGGAAGCUCACGAACGGCAACAAGACUGGUUCCCUCUGCGCAACAGUCGAGCUGGGAAGAUACGAUUGACAGCUGAAUGGAAGCCUGUCUCCAUGCCUGGAUCCAUGAAUGCGUCUUCAGCAUACGUUCCCCCAAUUGGAAUCUUGAGAAUCUGGCUCAAACGAGCGGUGGACGUGAAGAAUGUCGAAGCUGCUUUAGGAGGAAAGUCUGAUCCGUACGUCCGUGUGAUGGGCAAUAACAAGGUUCUCGCUCGAACGGAAGUGGUCAACAACAACUUGAAUCCCGAGUGGGACCAGAUUGUCUAUGUGCCAGUUCACAGUCUGAGAGAACACAUCUUUCUGGAACUCAUGGACUAUCAGAACAUCGGUAAAGAUCGUUCACUCGGCUCUGUAGAAGUGCGCGUGGAUGAAUUUGCUCAAGCGAACAACGAUCAGAAGUUCCCGUACAUCUCGAAAGGUCCCCAGGGCAGGAAUGAUAGAAUCAAACUCGACAAGGCGAAUGCGUACAAGGGACAGUUGGUGUAUGAAGUCGACUUUAAACCGGCCGUCUCUUUACGGGGAGGGGUAAGCUUUGAUCCUGAGAAGAAUCCGAUCGAAACAGCGAUAGAAGAAGAGCAGACAAACCCCGAUGGUUCAGUCAUCGAAAGUGCUGUAGCUUCUCCAAUCACCCCAGCGUCAACGAGUCUUGCAAACGGUCCUGGUGUCAAUGUUUUGACCACUGCUACUGCUCAAACGAGCGAGAGUAAGGGUGGAGGGGAACAAACGGCCAGUGAGGAUCCUGAGAAAGGGGUGGAGAUGUCCGUUGAGGAGAUCAUGUCUUGUCAAAGUGGAGUGUUGGUCUUCCAGGUUAUUUCCGGACAAUUGGCCAGGAGAGGCUCGUUGGAGGUCAUGUUCGACGACGGCUACUGGCCUGCGUAUACCAGUGCCAGGGCUCGAAGCACUCAUCCGACAUGGGACCAGGUCGGUGAAGGCUUCGUCCGAGAACUUGAUUUCUCCAGGAUUUGGCUGCGUAUCAACGCUGCGGAUGAUAGCGACAAAGAUGAUAUCGUGGCCGAGUUCAAAUGCGACACGAAAGAUUUCCUGGAGCAAUGUAUCCAACGUCCAGCCGACUUUUUACUCUCACAAGCGGACGGGUCUAAUCGGUCAUUAAUCAGGAUGAGUGCGAGGUACGUGCCGGUGGAUAUCAAGCUUGAGCCCAGGGAGAGUAUCAACAAUAUGGGCGUGCUCCGUGUGGACGUGCUUCAUGCCAAAAACCUCAUGGCCGCGGACAGAAGUGGUAAAUCAGACCCAUAUGUUGUAUUCACUCUAAAUGGUCAAAGAGUUUUCAAAUCAGAGACUAAGAAAAAAAACCUUUCUCCCGUCUGGGAUGAAUCCUUCGAAGUUAUGGUUCCAUCCCGUGUGAGCGCCAAGUUCGCCUUUGAGAUCAAUGACUGGGAUCGAGUAGGAACUUCCACAUCCCUCGGUGGAGGCGCCAUCGAUCUGGCUAAUUUGGAACCAUUCGAAUCCACCGAAGUGACCCUCCCCGUCGUGCAUGAAAAAGGCGAUAGGGGAACCUUUUCCAUCCGCUUGCUCUUCCAACCAGAGAUCAUUGCUCGAUCACGGCAAAAGACCUCGACCUUCUCGACUGCAGGACGGGCCAUCACUACCGUCGGUGGUGCUGGUGUGGGCGUUGGUAAAGGCGUCUUUCAUGGAGGCGAGGCCGUAGCCAUGGGCCUCGGUAAAGGCGUGGGGGCUAUCGGAGGGAUAGCAGGGAGAAGAGUAGGAUUGGUGAAACGGAAAGACAGAGCGGGGAAAGAAGUUCUGGUACCUGCUGAAUCUGACGAUAUUUCGAUUUCAGAUGGAUUCGACGUCACUUCGUCUCCCGCCAGAGGUACUUCGGCAGAUGGGCUGGCACCCCCACUUCACGAGCCUGCCAGUCCGUCCAUCGGUGGCAGUUUUGUUGGUGGGUCUGGUGGGUCGGGAGGGGAGACGGGAACUCUCAUGGUCACUGUUCUAGGUGUGAAAGAUUUGAAGGGAGGAGAGAAAGGUAGUCCAAAACCUUAUGUUCAGUUGAAGAUGGGAGGAAAGAGUCAUAAGACUGAUCACGUCAAGGGGAGCGAGGCGGAUUGGAAUGAAACAUUCUCAUUCCAUGUCACUCCCGGGUCGGGCACAUUCAACGUGACCGUCUUUGAUCAUCAUAGCUUUGGACGUGAUCCAGAAUUAGGCGAAGCGGAAGUUGAUAUAUGGAGACAUCUCAAACCUCCCUCGUUACAAUCGACAGAUAUAUCAAUAGAACUGGAAAAUGGUUCUGGACUCUUGCGCCUACGACUCGAGUGGACUCCCGGAAGUAACAACCCUUCCAAACUUACCGUCAGAGGUCGCGCGGGGAGUAUAACCAGUAUGCGAGAUUCACCCGGACGAUUCAGUGUGAAAAGUUUGAAAAAGGACAAGAGUAAAGUGGACGAGUCGUAAAUGUUAUCGCUCCAAGAAUUCUUGAUCCAUCUAGAACAUUGAUUCUUCGAUAUCUGGAUAAAUUGUCAGUAUCAAAAGCCACGGAUCGUCGUUCAUUGUAUACAGGAAGUUGGGAGUUGGGUCGAUGUAAAUUGCAGUUUGAUGACAUGGAUGAGAGAUUGAUAUAUAUAUACGAAUACGAAUACGAUGCAAUAAUUUGAUGUUUCCCCCCAUCUCCAUGUCGUUUUCCACAACACACUACUAAUGAGAUUCCUCUUACAUCUGAUUUCAUACAACAGGUAAAACCCCAAAAUCGAGGUAUCUAACAUAAUCAUUCAAAUUCCAUCUUUGUUUUCCCUCUUCUUUUUCUUUCGGAGUAUCAAAAUCUACCAUGAUAACAUCCUGUCCAUUUUUGUCCUUAUCCUCAUUCUUAUCACCAUGAUCCUCAUCUUCAUCUUCUUCAGGUCGGAUCCUCAAACCCCAAUCAACAUCUUCAGCUCUUUUAUCAAUUUCUUCUAAUACUGCCAAAACUCUCUGUUUACUUCUCAUUUCUCUUCUUUUCAAAUCUUCCAAAACCCCAUCUAAAUCUCUUCUUCCCAUAUUCCUCAAUUCAGCUCUUCUUACUUCUUCCUUUUUCUUCUCUCCCAACCUUUCUAUUCCCACAUCUCGCGUCGGGUCAUCAGCCUCAGGGUUGUGAGUUUGAGAGAAAGUUGAAGGGAUGAUAGGUUGAGUGGAAAGUACCAUAAAGAAAGUUUCGGCUGUUAAAGCAUCCAAAGAGGUUUUAGGUAGAGGUUGAAGAGGAUGAAGGAAAUAACCUUCUGUUUUUAAUUUCGUCUCUUCUUUCUGAGAAAGUGGAUGAUCAAUUUUAGAAGGUACGUAUUUGGAAGAGGUAGAGGAAGGAAGGG